CACCUGUAAAUGUACCCAGCACUCUUGGGUUCAUACAUCCAGAAUCAAACCUUUAUCUCUUCCAUUUCAAUCUCAGCUUUCAGAUUCACCUACACCUGAGAAAUUCCGUAAUUGAGCACUUGACUGAAAGAGAUUUUUCAAGAGACAGAAGACAGCAUAAGAAGGUCACCCCGGUGGUUUGAUGACAACUUUGGUCUUCCUAACAUUUCUGACACUCAUCAUUUUCCUCGGGUGUUAACAAACUCAGCUGUGGGGUAAUGGUUCACCCUUUCCCUUGACAGAUGUUUGCCAUUUUCUGCUUACUGAGGUAGAAGACAGUAUUCUUCAUUUGGCUCUGGUCAAUGUCGUUAGGUCUGAAUCUUCCCCCCAGCUCCAAAAUGUCUAAACUGCGGGGUUUCUUCCUCUUACUUUUUCUUCCUUCUGUCCAUAUGACAUCCAAUUCCUUUUUGGACUGGGCAGAGAAUUAUGCAUGGCAGGUCAAUCAGAGCAACUGCUGGAUUUGUGGCUUGUUGCCCAUGUCAAGCACAUCUGGUUUGCCCUGGUGGGUGUCCCCAAUCCAGGGGACUGACUGGGCCCGCCUACAGAAGUUCAUUGAUGAGGCCAAAACCAAUAUCCAAGUUCUAAGCAGUGUAACUAGAUACAAUGUGUCAGAAUGGCCCAUUGCUGGAACUCUGCAACAGCCAGGCCAUAAUAAAUCCUUUACCUUGUCCGCCACCAUUAAGGAAGCUUUACAGUACAUGCCUUCCCAGAUGUCAGGAAGUAAGGCAUCAGCACAAAUACUGACCAGAACAGACCCAAACCAAAGGAGCCAUCGGUAUUUUGAGGGGUAUUACCAGAUUUGGGAUGAGUUUAUAUGGUUGACUCCCGUUAUUGGUAAAUUAAGUCAAAAGGCUCCGCUGUGCUGGGAACAGCGCAAUCACACCCUUGAUCACUGGGAGAACUCCACUAAGAAAGUGGGGUUGAUCCCCGAGUCAAACUGUGAAAGAAUCAUUGUCCUCCAGGCCACCGACUGGUUUGCCUCCAAUUGGACGGUGAGACACGGCCGCCCCUUCGCGGUCCGCUGGGCAGCCCCUAAUGGUACUAAAUGGCUGUGUGGAGACAAUAUGUGGCCAUGGUUGCCCCCAGGUUGGCUAGGCCGCUGCACCAUUGGCUUUCCUUGGGUCCAGGGACGCUGGGUGCGAACCUUAGAAAACCCUGCUAACCUGCCGAACUUGAAGCAGAGGUGGACCCGCUCUGUCUUUAAGUGGUAUGACCACUUGGCGGGCAUUAUUCCCACUGUGGGGCUGGAGGAUGUCAUGUGGCAUAUAGAAACCCUGACCAAGUUUACUCAAAAAGCCUUGAAUGACACAGCCCAAGGGAUCUCUCUGCUCAACUCGGAAGUGAAGAUGUUGAGGCAGGCGGUCCUCCAAAACCGUAUGGCCUUGGACAUUCUCACCGCCGCUCAGGGCGGCACCUGCGCCAUCAUCAAAACGGAAUGCUGCGUCUACAUCCCCGACUACUCAGCCAACGUCUCCCAAGCCCUCCAUGACCUUUCCUCCCAAAUCAACUCCAUGUCAGACUCCUCCUGGAGUCUGAACGAUCUUCUAAAGUCGUGGGGUUUCGACGGUUCAUGGUGGAAGAAGUUGCUGUUCGGCCUGGCAGUAUUUGUCUGUGGAGGGAUAGUACUUUUCUGUGCACUAAACUUCAUCUGUGGGACCUGUUGUUCGCUAAUGUCUCGAAUGGCUUCCUUUCCAUUGAGGUGGCAAGGGUCGUACUGUGCGUCCCCUGAGCGUGGCAAGGCCCAAGCUGAGCUCCCCAAUUCAUCCUUUGAUCUGCCAGUGUACCCCUCCCAGUCCUUCAGGCAAGAUCAGGGCCCAAUGCCAGCUUGAAGAAGCUAGAAGAAGAUGGGCCUUUGUCCCUCAGCGUCCCUUCAGACGAGAGAUGACAAUAAUGUGGAGAGAAAAUAAGGCAGGUUAGACUAAGGAACUUGAGGCAUGGGACUCAGAAGCCCAUAAUUAAAAAAUAAGCCCUGGGUUAUAUAGCACAGUGUGGUUGGGAGCUCAUACUCUUUUUUUCCACCUCUCAGUCUUAGCUGAAAGAUAUACUUGAAAUGGAUUGUUGUAU